AUGUCUGACAAAGAUCACAAACAAGAACUAAUCGCCCUCCUUGAAGAUAUCAUGUCAGAAAUUAACCUCAAACCGCUACACCCAAAGAACAAAAUUUUACUCUAUAGUCGUUAUCUCCUAUCGAAAUUCUCCUGGCAUUUUACUGUCGCUACCUUAUCAAAAACGUGGGUUUCUGAAAACAUGGACUCAGUAGUUAAUAAAUUC